UCUGCCAUCAAAAGUCAUCCGAUAUUUACCUUGACUCGCAGGCUGCAAUGGUGCUUGGCAAAGUGCAGACUCCACCUGCUUGAAGGUCGUAUCCAGAGGACACGACACCAUUUACCCAUGAAUAACACGCUCAAAGACACUCUCAACUCCCGAUUAUAGGUUGCUGAACUACGAAUCCCGCUCGUCGUUUUCCUACUCGAUACUUUGUGGGAACCGAAGUUUCUAGGACUAACUUUGGCCUAUAGCCAAUUAAUUGCACGCCGGAAAAUGCAUAAUUGUACUCACCGCUUAACGUGGUACCCUAAUGCAAGGGCGCCACAAUGCCAAGCUAGAUUACCCGGUGACCGCUGUGUUCAAGAUGCAGGUUUUGAAGUCACACGUCCAGUCACUCUGCUUCCUCGAUUGUCAUGUCUCUGGAGGUUAUCAGGUUCAUUAGCAGCAGAGGCCAUAGUUGGCAUACUAUUCUCACUAAUAUCCGGUUGGCGGUCCACUCAUCCCGCAUUCUCAGGGAGUACUACCCGACGUCCUCUUGCUAAAUAUUCACUAUGGCAUCAAACGCUGAACGCUUGAGGGGUAUUCUCUUGCUUGUCAGUGGCUCGUUGGUCCUAUGAUGCUCUCUAUCUUGCUCACCAGGUUUGCUCUAGGCAGACUCGUAUAACUGGCCUCUGCCAACUUCUAACUGUCGUAUCUGGCUUGGCAUGUUGUAGCUGCUUCCUAAAUCCAUGUGUUCAGGCUACUCCGGAAAAACUGGCUGGGCUUACUGGACUUUUCUCGCCCCUUCUCCUUACUCCGUCAAGAGUCACUAGCAAAGUGUCGUCACUCUAAUGCCAACCGGCGCUCCGCAUUACCUUCAACACCAUGCAAGUGAGGCAUGCGAUACGUCUUCAGGUCCUAUCGUUCGUUCAGAAGCAGUCGUGCCAUGAGGCAUACUGUAACAUGACAUUCUCCUCUGUCUGGUAUAAAUCUCUUUCCUUGGGAGUGGAUGAUCGUUAGAGCUUCAGGACCAUUGUCUCGGUUUUCGAUCUUCUUGCUUCUCAAUAUGUUUGCUCGACUCUCUAUUGCGGUCUGUCUUCUAGCAUCCCUGACGUCUCUGGGCGUUUUGUCCAACCCAAUCGUUGUUCGGGACAGCCCAAUCUCGUUGCCAGUUGCAAAACGUUUCAACGCGACAGGUAUUGCCAAUAUACUCAAAACCGACCAAGCCAGGGCGCAUGCCUUAAAGAAGAACGUACAGAAUGCAAACACUGGCGUUGAGGCCCGCAGACUUUCGGCCACUGAUGCUGCAUUCGGCAUUCCAAGCACGAGUUACGCAACCGAAUAUGUUGUUAACGUCACCGUAGGCAAUCCUCCCCGCCCUUUCCGUCUGCUUGUUGAUACUGGAAGUUCCAACACUUGGAUCGGUGCAAACCAAAUCCUUCGGCCUCCCCCUAGCGCUAGGGAUACAGGAAACAGUUUGUGGGUCGAAUACGGCUCUGGAAUAGUGACAGGAGAGCAAUGGGUUGACUCAAUCACCCUUGCACCUGGACUUACAGUUCAUAACCAAUCCUUUGGCAUCGCUCUUCUCGCCGUCGGCUUCGAAACUGUAGACGGUAUUCUUGGUCUCGGCCCGCAAGUCUUGACAUAUGGAAGCCUAUUCCCGGAUGCUACUGCAUUUGUCCCAACCGUCACCGAUAACGCAUUUGCACAAGGUCUGAUUGGUGCACACAGUAUCGGUAUCUCUUUCGCACCUAGUAAAACUUUGGAUGGCGUCACCAAUGGCGAAAUCUCUUUUGGCGGCGUGAACGAUAGCAAAUAUACCGGCGAGAUCAACUUCGUACCACUCACGACGACAUAUCCUUCAAGUUUGUAUGUUGGUAUCAAUCAGACCAUUACUUACGGAGCAUCCAAGCUGCCCAUCCUGUCUAACAAUGCGGGUAUCACCGACACAGGCACCACACUCCUUCUCAUUGCUACCGAUGCUUUGCAGGCUUACCAGGCCGCAACUGGGGCUGAAGCCGACCCGGAUAUUGGGCUCCUUCGCUUGACUCCUGCGCAGUUUUCCAAACUCGAGAGUUUGUUCUUUACCAUUGGCAAGGAAACUUACGAGUUUACCGCGAACGCUCAAAUUUGGCCCAGAGAACUCAACUCUGCUAUUGGCGGAACAGAUGACUUCGUAUAUCUGAUCGUUGCCGACAUUGGGACACCGUCAGGAUACGGAAUGGACUUCAUUGACGGAAUGUCGUUUUUGGAGCGGUUCUAUUCUGUCUACGAUGCGGGAGCUAACAGAUUCGGUAUUGCCAACACUGAAUUCACACUUUCAUAACUACAAGCGCAUACUUCAUCGUAUAUAUUCUAAACUUUUAUCCGCACAAAUGUCAUAUUAUGCAGUGUCCUCGUAUGUCUUUCCAAGAGGUUAUGCCACAAUGGGCAUGUCGAUCGAUCAUCC